GUUAUUACCACACUAUUGACUGCGGUUGAUUGUUUUUGUUAUUGUAUCAAUCUAUUGUCCACGAAUGAAUGGUUACUGUUUCGGGCAUGAAAUCCUUACAAGUGUAUAUCACAAAACACGCUAGGUUUAUGAAAAGUUUAACAGACGUUAUAUGAAUAGAUAAUGCCACUGAAAUAACUGAUGAAAACGAUAUGCAUUUGAGUUGUUAAUUAUGACGUAGUAAAUGCGGUGGCUAUUUCCCAUGUGCAUAACUUACUUCCGGUUUAUGCUAACCGCAAAAAUUAAUUCCUGCUUUUCUCUAAGGUCGCAGAAAUUAAAUAAUUCCCAUUUUAGGACCAAACCGCAGAUUUUUUUACCUGCAGAAUUAACCUGCUAUACAUAAUCCUGUAAAAGAAGAAGUGAUGGCAUACCUUCUGGGGGCGGCGGCAGUGAUGGAGAGUCUGCAGACAGAUGUCCGAGACGUUCAGUCUUGUGUAAUGGAUAUCGUGUCAAGGACUGGUCCUGUGCAGAGUACAAGCUGGAAAUUUCCAGACAAGUCGGCAUCAGACCUAGACAUUGAGGAUUUACUGGAUUUGUACAGUUACUCUGAUGAUGAAGAGGAGAGACAAGUGGCACAUAUCGCUCUGUAUGAACUUGUCAUUGACAGACUUGUUCUGUUGCUUCAUACCAUGUCCAGUUUUACAGAAGGUAUUCUGAAAAGUGCAAAGGUGGACACGGAAUGGGGUCACAUCUCUGGGACAUCUGUAGGAGUUAUAUCAAAGAAAUACUGGUCAAGACUGUCACAGCUUCACCAAGUUGUUAAACAUACAGUUCAAGAGAAAAAUGCAAUGUCCCGUAAAGUAUUGGAGCUGGAGGGAGACGUGAAGAGACUUGAUUUAGAACUUAAACAGUCAUAUAGUAGUCAGAGACCUAAGACAGCUGGAUUUGGUGGUCUGAUACCUCCAAACAGAGCAGAAAUGGUGGCAGGCCUGAGCCUUAACCCUGCACAACUGAAGGAAUUCGGUCUGAUUUCAAAAGAUGAAUAUAAUAAAUCAUGUCAGACCAGUGAAACAGCUUUCACUCCCUGUGACUCAUGUUCAGUGGUGCAGAAAAGUUUCCGCCAGUGCGGAGAAAUUGUCGUUGCGAUAUGUCAACAGCAGCAGAUUCCGUCCUGUUUACAAAAAUUCCGUCCGCAGGUGUCGCACUUGGAUUGGUUAUCAGGUAAUGAUGUUACGCGCUGGGCAGCAGAACAACACAAAGACCUUCAGAGGAUCAGUAAACUAACAGCAACAAUAAAACCACUUAAAGAUGAAUUAACAGAAUGUAGAGAAAAGAGUGAGAAGUUGGAAAAACGUGUUCAAAAUUUCGAUCGCGAUUUAAAACGAGAAAAAGAUGAUCGAACUGCCUUGCAUAAAGAGUAUGAAUUGAAGAUAAAGGAGCUACAAUCCCAGCAUAGACAAACACUAGAGUUAGAGCAACAGCAAAAAGAUUUAUUGGAAAAGAAUAAACAUGAACUUGAAUCAUUGCUGGAAAAGCGAAAAAGUGAACUGGAAGAGAAACAAUUACUGUUGAAAGAAAUGGAGUGUACAAAGGCAAAGCUUGAAGAAGAGUUAUCAGGAAACAAGAUAAACACGUCCGAGGUAUCUCGUCUACAGAAAGAGAUGUCAAACUUACAGGGGAAGCUUGAUGAUGUUGCUGUUAAGAUGGACGUGUCAGCUAAGGAUCUGCAGAGAGAACAGGCAAAAAAUAAAAGUGUUGCAAAACAUACACAGAGUCUGCAGUCAAAACAAGAAGCUCUGUUGAUCAGAAUUGAGGUACUGGAUGAAGAAAAUAAAGAUCUGAAAGAUCAGCUCUCUGAAAUGGAGGAAGAAAAAGAUAAAAUAGAAGAGUCAUUGAAUGAGUGCAAAAGGGAGACAACUCAGUUGGAGAGAAAAAUGAAAGAAAACAAGGCUGAUAUGGAGCAUGUGUUAGCAGACAAAGAGAGCUUAGAACAGAGUAUAACAACACUAGAAACAACAGUGGAAUCACUGAAUGAUAAAUUAGAGGAGGCAAAGGAACGAGAGAGACUAAUUGUUGGAUAUCCAGACAUAAAUGGACCAGUCAAUCCUGAUAUAUCUGGGACUGGCGAUAUAUUGUUAGACAUGGAAAAUCAGAUAAGAGCAAACAUUGUCCGGAUACAACUGCUUGAAACACAGAAUGAUGGACUACGGAACUCCGUCAGAAAACUUCAGGCUAUGCAACAAGAACAACCUGAAUAUGUAGAAGAGGAGGAUAACCAAAGAUGGGCUACUCAUGUAAAUGUUAAGAAAGGAAGACCCAAACCCCUGUGGGAGCCUAGUUCUGUUCAACACAAGGAAAAUAACAUGCAUGGAAAUGAACCAGAAUAUUCGUAUAUGGAAAAUACAUAUAACCAGUCUUCCUCAAAGACACCAGGGAUGUUUGAUACACAGUCUACACAUUCUGCUCAACACCAGAACCAUUCUAUGGCAGAACACAGUUCUAAAAACAGAAAUCAUUCUGCAGUUCAUAAUAUUGAAUUUGACAAUAGCGCAGUUAAAAAGUCUUCCCCAUCAAAAGACAGACCAGCUUUUGGUCAUAGGCCUCUAAGUGGUAAAAAGAAGCAGACAGAUGAAUUUAUUGUAGGUCAUGCUGUUAGACCGGACAGUGUUAAGAUUAAGAAGGAAAAUACAUUCACCUCAACAGGGAAGAGCCGUCCUUCUAGUGGAAAAUUUAUGGCACCAGUGAACACAAAUAGUAUAAGCGCAUAUUUGCAGUUGAAAAAAGCAGGAAAGUUGAACUUGCCACAUAGUACAGGCGCUAAAUCUUCUGCAGGAUCUCGACCAACAACAGGAGGAAAGGCUUACAUUCCAACUGCUGAUGUAGAAGAUAAUUAUAUUAGGAAAGACAAUUUUAUGUGUCAGAACUGUGAUAAGAUGUAUGACAGACAGAGAGAUUUGGAUAUACAUAUGUCAUACUGCACGGGAUGAACACACAAAAAACAACUAUUUACAUUAAAAAUGUCUGAGCUGUGAUAAAAUAUAUUCAAGACAGAGAGAUAUCACUGGGGACUGCUGCGUGUAACGUAGUGUUUCUCAAAGCACGUGUAUGUUCCUCAGCGAAAGCGUGUUUACAUUCCUUCAAGUGAAGACUAUGAUAACCACGUGUUGGAUACAUUUUUUCCCCCACUUUUGGGGGGCAUAUAGAUUUGCCCUUGUCCGUCCGUCCGUCCGUCCUUCCGAGAAUGUUUUGUCGUUCCUAGCUCCAAAAGUAUUUGACAUAGAGUCACAAAACUUUACAGGAAUGUUGGUCAGCAUGUGUAGUUGUGCACCUGGGGUUUCGCGUCUGGAUUCAUUCAGUCUUGUAGGAGUUAUGGACCCUGACUUAGUAAAAAAAUGGUCAUUUUAAUGUUGCGUCGCGUAUAGCUCCAAAAGUAUUUGACCUAGAGUCACCAAAGUUUACAGGAAUGUUGGUCAGCAUGUGCAGUUGUGCACCUGGGGUUUCGCGUCUGGAUUCAUUCAGUCGUGCAGGAGCUAUGGCCCCUGACUUAGUUAAUAAUUGGUCAUUUUAGUGUUGUGUCGCGCGUAGCUCCAAAAGUAUUUGACCUAGAGUCACCAAAGUUUAAAGGAAUGUUGGUCAGCAUGUGCAGUUGUGCACCUGGGGUUUCUCGUCCGGAUUCAUCAAGUCUUGUAGGAGUUAUGGCCCCUGACCUAGGAAAAAAAUUGUGUCCUUUGUCAUGUAGUGGGGGCAUCUGUGUCCCAUGGACACAUUUUUAGUUGUGUAUUCCCUGGACUUUAGUACUUGUCGCGGAGAUCAAAUAGCAGUUACAUGAUGUUAAAUGUUAUUUCUGUAACACAAAUGCCUCUUGUUGUUACACUAUGUUUUAGUGCAGUUUAUGUCAUGAAAGAAUGCGCUUUGUGCUUUCCUGAAUAAUUUUAUGUACAUACUAACUACAAAGAAAAAAAGAUUAAUAAUAGUGAUAUCUUGAAUAAAUGUCGUGACUUGGAAAGAAGUUUUUUCUUUGUUUUAUGAUAAAAAAAACAUACAAAAGGAUUUUUUUUCACAGUUUACAGAGAGUGUGUAUGUUUUCCAACGAAGUCAAAUUUUAUGUGUAUAUUUAUCAACGAAGUCAUGUUUAAUUUUAGGAAAUGAACCAUGUUGUAUGUCGAUACUGUCAUCUUUCAUUUGGUAGGGUAAAUGAUGCGUUAUGUCACAGCGCAGCGGUCCAUCCAGAGGAAAAAUUGUCAUACAUGUUCAAGACACUCACUGCGUCAAAAGUACAAUAUAAACAAAGGACGUUUAAAGUACUUGGCCGUGAUAUGGCAUCAACAGUUAAUGAUUUAAAACUUGAUAAAUUAACUGAAAAGCUUUCAUUUCCAUCUUCAGUGAUGGUGGAAAGGCUCUUACAGCUUCUUUUUGUUGAGGGCCUACUUUGCAAAUGCGUGGCUCUGUGGCUGUGUUUGUGGUGCUCUAUGCUUCCGAGAAAUCUACCCAUACCUUUUCUCUUCUGUUAAUAAAUUGCAAAACUUAAUCAGUCCAUUGCCAGUUAUAUACACACGAUGAAAAGCAAGAAGUUAAUUGAUUGAGGCAUGAUUUAAAAUGGAGACUGAAAAGAGAUAAUUAAAUGUUCUUUAUCGAACGCCGCACCUGUAUUAUGUUGGGAAAUUUCAUGCUAUCGUCAUGUCAGAAUGCGAUGUUAACUUGUCAAAACAGUGUCUUAGUAUGUCACAAAGCUAUGUCAUCUUGUUAAAGUAUCAUUUGAUCUUGUCUGGGUUUUAUACGCCCGAAGAGACGUAUUAUGUUAUACCCCCGGUGUCCGUCCGUUUGUCCGUCCAUACGUUAGCAAUUUCGUGUCCGCUCUGUAACUCUUGAACCCCUUGAAGGAUUUCAAAAAAACUUGACCCAAAUGUUCACCUCACUGAGACGACGUGCAGAGCGUAUGUUUUGGAUGUUUCGCUUCAAGGUCAAGGUCACACUUAGGGGUCAAAGGUCAUAUCAUUUUGUUUCGUUUCGGCUCUAUAACUCUUAAACUGCUUGUAGGAGUUCAAAGAAACUUGGCACAAAUGUUCACCAAACCGAGACGACAUGCAGAGCACAUGUUUCGGAUGACUCGCUUCAAGGUCAAGGCCACACUUAGGGGUCAAAGGUCAUAUAUGACUUUAUUUUGUGUAUAUUGUUCUCCAUUGCAGUGCCUUUGUUUUUAUUUGGCAGAUCCCUUUUCGUCACAAUUAAAAGUUUUUUAAUUCCUUCCCUUUUAUGUUACUAUAAAUAGCUUAUUUUGAAACUUUUAUUAUUGGCCGUAGGGAAAAACCGAGACCACUUUUCUAUGGUACAACAUGGAUGAUACCUCCAAUUUUUAGGUGUAUUUUGACAUACCUGUACCUGGUAAAGAUUAUUUUGUGGACUUGGAAUUUUUUUUGUGGACUCAGAAUUUUUUUUGGAAUUUCUUCCCUUUGCUGUUCCUGUCCUUAGGGCUUCAACAGUCAAGUUCCUUAAAUUUUGCUCCCAUCCUCCGAUAUUACCCUUCGGGCGUAUAUUGCCCCGCUUGGCGGAGCUCUUAUUUAAACAUAAUAACACGCUCUAUAAACAAGAUCACACUGUACUUCGAUAUAUUGAAAUAGCUUUUUGACAUAACAAGACACUAUUUGGACAAGUUGGCAUCUCAUUUUAACAUGAUAUCAUAGUACUUAACAUAAUAAGACACUGUUUUGACAGGUUAACAGCACACUCUGAGAAGAUAACAUGACUAGGUAACAUAAUAAGACACUGUUGUGACAAGUUAACACCGUACUUUGACAUGAUAACAUAGUUUUUUAACAUAAUAAAACACUGUUUUGACAAGUAAAGACCACACACUGAUAUGAUAAUAUACGAUAGGAAAUGUCCCGACAUGAGACAGUGGCGGUAUUCCAAAGUUCUCAUGAGUGCAUGCAGACGACGCCGGUUGACUAGACACCGGUCGACGCGCAAUAAUUGGAAAGAACAUUAUUAAAAUGUCUUCAGUGAAAAACGCACACACUCCCUGUUAGAAACACACUCACUUUUAUAGGUUUCGUAUAGAAAGUUACACAGUGUUUUUCCUUAAUCCAGGCAUUGCAACUUUUUUAAAACCAUUCGUUAACCGAUGAUAAUUUAUGUUUUGGUUCUAAAAACGAAUACUUUCUAUCACUACGAUCUUAUUAGUGAAAAACAAUAGCAUUAUAAUUGCAUUUCAUGUGUAAAUUUAUAGAUUUAGGUCUUUAUUAUCAAAACAUUGCUUCAUUUCAUGAAACGUACAUAAUUUGCUGACGUUUUAGACGUUGAAACACAUAAAACAACUAUGCAUUUGCAUAAUCUUUAUUCUAAGUUUAAAACUAUGUAAAAUUUCCUACACCUACACAGUGCAUUCCGUGUUAAUUAUACUCACCGGUGAGUUGGACGCCAGAAUGUUAUUAACACGCUUUCAUUGAGGAACAUACACGUGCUGUCUUUGAGAAACACUUUACGUUUCACGUGUCAGCCCACAGUGGAUAUGGAUAUACAUUUGUAAUACUGCACUGGGUGAACACAAAAACCAUAAUGUUAAAACAUGUAUGUGCUCUGAUGAAAUGUGUACAGGGAUUUAGAAUUCAGAUAUGCAUGAUAUUUCAUACAGCACGCAAUGAACAUAGAAGACAUUUCAUUUAUAAGAUGUGUGUUUUAGACAACAGAUGUAGAGCUGUAUGUGAACUAUUAUAUUGGUUUCUUUACUAUACUUCUAUACUUAUUGAAGGUUAGAAAAUGAUCAUUAGAUGGGGCAUAUCUUAUUAGCUCGACUAUUCGAAGAAUAGUCUAGCUAUUCUACUCACCCUGGCGUCGGCGUCGGCGUCGGCGUCACACCUUGGUUAAGUUUUUGCAUGCAAGUACAUACAGCCAUCAAUGAAAGGCAUAUAGCUUUGAAACUUAUUUCUUCUUUUUCUAGGUCAAUUACCAACCUCUCUGGGUCAAGUCCCAUAACUCUGACAUGUAUUUUGAGCAAAUUAUGCCUCCUUUUGGACUUAGAAAAUUUUGGUUAAAGUUUUACAUGCAAGUUACUAUCUCCAAAACUAAUACAGGUAUUGAUUUGAAACUUCACAUGUGUCUUCGGGGUUAUAAAACUAGUUGAUAGGAUCAAGUCCCAUAACUCUGACCUUCAUUUUGGCCAAAUUAUGCCCCCUUUUGGACUUAGCAAAUUCUGGUUGAAGUUUUGUGUGCAAGUACAUACAGCUAUUACUAAAAGGCAUAUAGAUUUGAAACUUAUUCUUUUUUUUCUAGAUCAUUACGAACCUCACUGGAUCAAGUCCCAUAACUCUGGCAUGUAUUUUGGGCAAAUUAUGCCCCCUUUUGGACUUUGAAAAUUCUGGUUAAAGUUUUAAAUGCAAGUUUCUAUCUCCAAAACUAAUCCAGAUAUUGAAUUGAAACUUCUCAUGUGCCUUCGGGGUUAUAAAACUAGUUGAUAGCAGCAAGUCCCAUAACUGAUAUGCAUUUUGGUCAAAUUAUUCCCCCUUUUGAACUUAAAACUCUUUUGAUAUUUAACUUUUUUGGGUAAUAUUUUCCUGCUUCUGGGUCAAUAUUUCGAAUAGUCGAGCUUGGCUGUCUUACGGACAGCUCUUGUUUUAAUUAAAACCGUUAGCUUUUCCUUAGAACCAAAGCUAGUACGAGAUAAUUUACUGUAAACAGUGUGGAACUCCAUGUGCCUUUGAUUCAAGCAAAUUACAAACUUUCUUUAAAUUUUAGCUAGCAUUGUUUGUUAGUUUUAUAUGUAUUAUACAGAUAUCUUAUUUAAUAUAAUAUAUGUAAAUUGUUAAUUGUGCAUAGUAUUUAUACGUUAUUAAAAGUACGUCCUUCUGUAUUUGCAAGUCAUUGUUUGGACUUGGCUUGGAAGCAUAAAGCAUAUGACUAUAAAACAGUCGAAAUUGAUCUCUUCCAGGAUGAAGAAAAACUUUGAUUUAUGAAAUUCUGAAUUGUUACAUGUGUGUUAAAAUCAUGGUUGAACUGAUAAACAUAUUUUGUCUCCAUUGACUUUUAUGAAAUAAUUGCAAUGAUAGAUAUGAAGUAAUUGGUCAGAGAGCAGUGUAGUAAACAUGUAACAAUUAAAACAAAACAGAAAAGAAAGCAUCAUUUAAAUAAUUCACUCGGUUAUAAAUAAAUAAUGAGUUUUCAAUAUAGUAGUGCUAUUUUUUCAUAAUUGUUCUCUAGAUGCAAUUUGUGUAAUAAAAUUGAAAGUGA